UUGAAUGGCCUGUGCGCAUGUGCGAAGGUGUCCAAACUGACAAUGCUCGUGAGAUGAAGAUAGCGCUGCUGCUGCUUCUGAGCUCAAGGAGGACGCGAGGAAUCUACAAGCCGACAAGAUGAGAUCCAAGGCGAGGGCGAGAAAACUGGCCAAAAAUGACAGUGAGGCAGUAGACAGCAUGUACGACACAGAGCCCAAUCUCGUGACCGGCGAGAGUGCGGAAGAGGAGACAGAAGACAGCAUCAUGUCCCCCAUUGCGGUGGGUCCCACGUCCCCUCAGCCCUGCAAUGAGGACUUCACUCCUAAAGAGGGCUCACCCUAUGAGGUGCCCGUCUACAUUCCCGAUGAUAUUCCCAUCCCUGCUGACUUGGAGCUCCGCGAGUCGUCUGUUCCAGGGGCUGGCCUUGGAAUCUGGGCUAAAGUCAAAAUUCGGAUGGGAGAACGCUUCGGACCAUACAAUGGACUGCAGAGCGCCACGGUAAAAGAGACCACUUAUGGAUGGGAGCAAAUGCUGAAUGAUCAUGAAACGUCGUCUCAAGACAGCUGUAUUAAAAAGGUAAUGGACAACAUGGGCAAUGUGAAGUUUUGUCUGGAUGGGGCUCUGGAGGCCAGUGGAAGUUGGCUCAAAUAUGUGCGCACAGCCCCGUCCCAUGAAGAGCACAACCUGGCCAUGUGCCACAUCAGCGAAGACCAGAUCUGUUAUAAAGCUAUUAGAGAUAUUGAAAUAGGGGAGGAGUUACUGGUUUACAUGAAGGACGGAGUUUUCCCCGAGGGCUCAAUGGCACCGAACCUGGAAGAUGAGCAGAUGUACCGCUGUGAACACUGUGAUGAACUCUUUACAUCAAAGCUGGAGUUACGGCGGCAUCAGAAAUACUCCUGCAGCAGCGGCAACUCUAUCUUUGACUCGCUAAGCGAAGACUUCAAACAGGAGCGCGAAGACAGCGAUGAGCCAGUACACGAGUGCAAAGACUGUGAAAAGAUCUUCCCUAGCGAGUACAGUCUGGGGCAGCAUAUGAUCGUGCACACAGAAGAAAGAGAGUAUAAGUGUGACCAGUGCCCCAAAGCUUUCAACUGGAAAUCCAACCUCAUUCGCCAUCAGAUGUCACAUGACAGUGGCAAACGCUUUGAGUGUGAAAACUGUGAUAAGAUGGAUGUCACACCACAGGACGUCAACUUUCCAAAAGUGUUCACAGACCCCAGCAACCUCCAGCGCCACAUCCGCUCUCAGCACGUCGGUGCCCGAGCCCACACCUGCCCUGAGUGUGGCAAGACCUUUGCCACCUCCUCGGGCCUCAAGCAGCACAAGCACAUACACAGCAGUGUCAAGCCUUUCAUCUGUGAGGUGUGUCACAAAUCGUAUACCCAGUUCUCUAACCUGUGUCGUCACAAGCGGAUGCAUGCAGACUGCCGCACCCAGAUCAAGUGUAAAGACUGUGGGCAAAUGUUCAGCACUACCUCCUCCCUCAACAAGCACCGGCGCUUUUGCGAGGGCAAGAACCAUUAUAAUCCCGGAGGCAUAUUCACACCGGGCAUACCAAUGACAUCCAGUCCCAUUUUAGGCAAAUCCAAGUCUCAUCCUGGCUUGAACCAUGGUGGACUUAACUUCAGUGAUUAUUUCUCCUCCAGGCCGCAUCAUGCAGGUUUGCCCUUUUCCCCAGCACCUCCUGCAUUCCCAGCCAUGUCCCAUGGCUUCCCAGGGAUCUUUCCCCCAUCACUAUAUCCUAGACCACCAUUGUUACCUCCUAGUUCACUGCUCAAGAGCCCACUUCAAGAUGGGAAGCUGCCUCCCCUUGACGCCCCUACUCUUUCCGUGGUCUCAUCCAUGCACAACAGCAAUGGAAAUGUAGGAAGUGGCCAGUCGGAGGAGAACCGAGAGUCCAAACUGGACUUCUCAGACAGCAAGAAUAAAGUGAAGAUGAACGACAUGUCGGAUGGUAGUGAUUUGGAAGAUGUGAACACAUCUAGUGGCACAGAUCUAGACACCACCACUGGCACUGUGUCUGGCUCCGACCUAGAAAGUGAGGCAGAGAGCGAACGGGAGAAGGGCAGGAGGAAACCGGUGCAGGAGAGCAAGCAGGAUGAAGUGAGCAGCAGUUCGGUAUCUGUCUCCAGUUCAGGGAACCUCCCUUGCGAGCGCCCGUUCCUCUCCUCCCAGCAUUCCUUCUUCCCACCACCAGAAGAGCAAGCACUUCCACCCUCCGGGGCCACCACUGACUCCAUUAAAGCCAUUGCGUCCAUUGCAGAAAAGUAUUUUGGGCCUGGAUUCAUGGGCUUGCAGGAGAAGAAAAUGAGCUCCUUAAACUACCAUUCCAUGUUUCCUUUCCAGUUUCUGCCCAACUUCCCACAUUCCUUGUACCCAUUCACAGACAGAGCACUCAAUCCUGGUAUGUUCUUCAAACCUGAGCCUAAAUCACCUCGUGAGCACAUACAGAAAUUACCUACAGCCACUGGUGCGGAUUCACCCUUUGACCUAACCACCAAACCCAAGGAGGUCAAACCUCUCCCUCCACCCCCCAGCAAGCCAGCCUUGCCACCCAACGCCCUCCGGGCCCCUGGCGAGGAACAGCCUCUGGACCUCAGCAUAGGCAGUCGAAGCCGAGCCAACCAGAACGGUGGCACGCAUGAACAGCGCAAGAAUCACGUCUAUGGCGCAAACUGCAAAGCGGCUAAAGAUGAACACCCAGCACUAACUCAGUCCCAGAACUUGCACCAGCCCCAGAUGCAUCAGCCACAAGCAUCCCUUCCCCAGCCACCUCCUCCCCAGCAGCCGCCGCUCCACUACGCCAAGCCCUCGCCGUUCUUCAUGGACCCCAUCUACAGCAGGGUGGAGAAGAGGAAGCUAUUAGACCCAGUAGGAGCUCUAAAGGAGAAGUACCUGAGGCCUGCACCACUACUUUUCCAUCCUCAGGUGUCUGCGAUGGAAAACAUGACUGAGAAGUUGGAAAGCUUUGGCGCUCUGAAACUGGAUGCUCCCAAUUCCCUCCAGCACCCCUCACACCAUCUUUUUAACUUCCGCUCCCCGCCUCCCUCUCUCUCCGAUGCUAUCUUACGCAAAGGCAAGGAGCGAUACACCUGCAGGUACUGUGGGAAAAUCUUUCCCAGGUCAGCUAAUCUUACAAGGCACUUACGAACACACACAGGAGAACAACCAUACAGGUAA